GAAUGAAGCUGCGUUACACCUAAUGUUUAUUAGCUUUAUUCCUCCGUCGCCCCCACACUCUGUAUUUUGCCUUUUCCCCAAUCUCUCCUCUGUUUUCCUUUUCAUAUUCUUCUUCUUCUUCUUCUUCUCGCCGCCUCCAAUGGCCUAAAACCUAAAGAAACCUCCGUUUUCACGCCGCCUCCAUGGCGCCAACAGCCACCGGAUCCUUCUGCAACAAAUUCCUUGCACUUUUACUUCUAAUUCUCCACGUCGGCUGCUUUCUUUUAACCAAUGGUGACAACCGCCGCCGCCGCCACCGUCCCCUGCAGCCGAAGAAGCGUAAUGAAUCUCCUCCGACGGCGUUGAGUCUGAAGCCGCAAAAAGCCCUAACCUCAUCCAUUUCAUUUCUCAAACGAAUUUUUUCUUCCAAAACGUGCAAAAUGGCAAUCGAGACGACUCGUCCUCCCUCGACUCCGGCUCGAUCGUCGCAGCACUCGAUCGUCACGCUUAUUCCUCAGCCGGUGGAUACUCCGAACUCCAAGAACGCUAAUCCGAUUGAUUCUGCUGGAACGCCACAGGAUUCCGAUAUCACUACGGCGGAGAUCAACCAAUUUUUUCCCCUUCGUAACGAUAUCUUCCCCUGCACUGCUUGCGGCGAGAUUUUCCCCAAGCCUCAAGUGCUCGAACAGCAUCAAGCGGCUAAACACGCCGUGUCGGAGCUUGCAGAUUCGGAUUCCGGUAAGAAUAUUGUUCGGAUCAUUUUCGAAACUGGAUGGACGAGUAGAGAAAAAAGCCCGAAGAUCCUCCGAAUCUUGAAAAUCCACAACAGUCAAAAGAUUCUCUCCAGAUUCGAGGAAUAUAGAGAGUCGGUGAAGGCUAAAGCGGCCCGAAACGGCGGCGCUGUAAAGCGAUGGGAUGAACGGUGCAUCGCCGAUGGGAACGAGCUUCUGAGAUUUCACUGUUCGACGUUUUUGUGCGAUUUGGGGCAAAACGGUAAUUCCAGCAUCUGCGGGCAGCAAUUUUGUAGUAUUUGUGGGAUAAUCAAAUCGGGAUUCUCACACAAGUUGGAUGGAAUUUCUACGCUAUCAAGUAGCUGGAGAGCACACGUGGCAAUCCCUGAGGACAUCGAAGAGGAGUUCAAGUUCAUGAACGUGAAACGGGCGAUUCUGGUUUGCCGGGUCGUGGCCGGCCGGAUCGGGUCCGACAACGACGAGCCGGAGAAAGACGGCGGUGGGUUUGACUCCGUAGUCGGCCGAAGUGGGAGUGGGGCCCAGACGACGGUGGAUGAAGAAGAGCUGUUGGUUUUCAAUCCGAGGGCUGUGCUCCCCUGCUUCGCGAUUGUGUACGAAGUCUGAUGUGGACGAUCGUGCGGUCGCCGUUUGAUUGCUUCAUUUUAGCUUCGUUUGAUGUGAUGUGUAGUGGUGUUUAAAUAUAAUUUAAGUUUUUUUUUUUUUUUUUAAUGAAGGUGUCUGUAAUUAUCAGUUAUUUCGUUGUUAGCCCAAAUCCGUACACUUUGACUGUGGGUCAAACUUCAAGCGAUCGGAACAGUGGACAUAAGGACUAACGAGGUUGGUAGAUGAAUAAUUACUAAAUAUAUAUAUUUAAUAAUAUGCCAAAUAAUUUGUUUUGUUUCUA